AUGCUCAAAAACCCUGGGGCGGAAGACGCGGGUCUAUGGUCAGUCUCGUUCCGACGUGGUCAUCUUCUCAAGUCGCGUCAGGCUGCACUCUCCCUUACUGGAAACGAGGAAGCGGAAUGCGGACUCCGGAGCGUCAGCUAUCCCGCACUCCGCUCACUAUCGAAGCGGAGGAGUCUCAUCCGCGUUCUCAACGGAAGACUCGGACGACAACGACGCGAGACUCCAAUAUCGAAGACGAAAGAGGCGUUCUUGAGCAGCAAGAAGCAGCUGCUGAUGCCUUCCAUCAACCUCGGUCAGGCCGAUCUCUAUAGGAUCAGUGACGACGACGAAGAUACGAGGUAUCCGGCUGACGCCGAUGACGGGCGCAAGGCGAAGCCCUCAAUUCGCUUCAAUCUCCUGCCGACCUGGAUCCAGCCAUUCAUCAAGACGUCUAUCAUACCCGCCCUCAUUGCGGACACAGGGACCCGUUCGUUUCCUUGGGAUAUUGAUGGUCCGCAGGACACCGACUUCCUGUACCUUGUCCGCAAGGUCGUCAAGGCUGUCUGUCCGCGAUCGUGUGGCGAUGUCUCCAAGAUUGAGAAGGGUCACAUAAUCUAUCGCUUCGCUCGCCAAGCUGUUUAUCAGAUCGUGCCAAAGACCCAGCCGUUCCGUCUCAUCAACGGAAAGGUGCUGGGCAGCGCCAGUGGCUACGCUUCAGCUUGCCAGCGCACGUCGGAGAUCUUCUACGGAAUCCCGCCUGACAUGGAUUGCGUCAGGCUCUUUUACACGCCCCCAAUGCUCACAACGAUCGCAUUCCAUCUGCUGAAGACACAAGGAAGCUCCAUGCCUUAUCCAGGCCAUCCUGUGGGCGCCAUCGCUCUGUGCGCUGCUGCAAUCAACCAGGUCUGCUCACAUAUCGCCAAUCCGAUUGGUGAUAAGUGGCCGAAGUUCUCUCAAAAAAACGUCGGCACAAGCACGAUGAUCUGGUACGAGAGCGUCGAGUCGCUCACGACCCCGGAGAAGCUCGAACGCUUCGCUCACCUACUGGAGAUCGCCCGCUCGUACAUCCCCCGAGUUCCCGUCCUGAGGGGGUCAAAGAAAACCCCAUCCGCUGGUGCAGACCAGCAUAUCGGUCACCUUCGUCUGCGGGACCUCCCUAGCAGCCCGAUUCGUGGCGACGAUGAUCUGCCUGCAUGA